AUGGAUAAAUCAAAAAACACUCAGCCAUGGUCUGCAUCAGAAGAUACAUUAGUAGUUUGGCUUGUUUUAUCAUGCCCAUUCAGCGAGUUUUCUAAACAAGCAGCAGCUUUACCAAACAGAUCUCCUUCUGAAAUCGUUGAAAGGUUUACAGUUAUUAUGAACGAUCCAGAGCUAACAGAAAGAGUCAACCAUGAAAGCCAUAAUGAUAUUUUGUCAUAUCGUCCAGUUCCAUGGACUACACUCGAAACGUACAAUUUAGUUCGUUUAUGUCAUCAAAACAAGCGUUGCAUUCCAACAACAUUCCUCGAAAGAUUCCCAUCAAUGUUUCAUCCGUCAAGAACAGCAACAGCAAUUACCACAAUGGACGAAAAAUUACGUCAAAAAGAGCAAAGUUCAAUAGAAUCACAAAAUGCCAUAUGGCGUCAAUAUCAAGACGAGAUAUACAAAUUUGUUGAUAACCAUGAUUUAGUUGCUUUCCCAGGUUCAGAAGAUCCUGUUAAAGAUGUAACUGAAUUUAUAAAAUCAGAAACAGAUAAUCUUCUCAAACAAGAAGAACAAACUAAAGGUUUAUCUUUCGAUGUCAUUACUUCAAAAGUUGAAGGAAAAUGGACAAAGAAAUCAUUCGCAGUUUUAGUUGGUGGAACAGAUGUUCGUUUAAUUGAAUCUACAAACGUAGUAUUCGGAAGAGCAUCUCCAAAAUGCAAACCUGACGUAGAUCUUGCUUAUUUGAAUUUACAAAGUAUUUCAAGACGCCAUUGCGCAAUUAAGCUUUGCACAGACCUUAGAUUCUACAUUGAAUGCCUUGGAGCCAUAGUUAUAGUUAAUGGUUCAAUAUUCAAGAAAGGAUCUAUUGUUAGGCUUCAUGAUAAGGAUAUUAUUGAUAUUGGUGGCGCACCUUUUGUAUUUGUAGAAAAUCAUAGCCUAAUGGAUUCAUUACGCCACGCAAAAUAA